AUGUCCCCAGGACUUCACAGGAUGUCGGUGAGCCAGCUGCAGUCGGGAAGAGGUGUGCCUUGUUUACGCUGCAGAAGGACAUGCAUGGGCUUCGAGCCACAUUCCUGGAGGAAAAUCUGCAAGUCAUGCAAAUGCAGCCAGGAGGAUCACAGCCUGAGCUCAGACUUGGAGGAUGAUCGGAAAAUUGGGCGCCUGCUGUCAGACUCCAAGUAUGCCACCCUCACUGCCCGGGUGAAAGGAGGUGAUGGCAUCCGCAUUUACAAAAGGAACCGUAUGAUCAUCACCAACCCUAUUGUCUCCCGGAAAGACCCCACCUUUGACACCAUCACGUAUGAGUGGGCUCCACCAGGGCUCACCCAGAAGCUGGCCAUGCAGUACAUGGAGCUGAUCCCGAAGGAGAUGCAGCCCGUGGCAGGGACGGAUGGGGCAUACUAUCGCCGGCGGCAGCUGAUGAGACAACUACCGCUGUAUGACCAGGACCCAUCCCAGUGCCAUGGCCUCGCGGAGGGCGAGCUGAAGCUGAUGGAAGACUUCGUGAAGAAAUACAAAGCUGAGGCACUGGGCGUUGGGGAGGUGGCACUGCCAGGCCAGGGCGGCAGUGGGAAGGAGGAAGGGAAGGCGCAGGAUAAGAGCAUCACUACCAGCAAACCCCCCGAGUCCACCAAUGGGUCCCUGGAUCCCACACCUGCAGGAGGGCUCUACCGCUGUGAGACCUGCAAGCAGGUGGUGCCAGGGGACUGUCCCGUGGUGUACGCCGACAGGGCCGGCUACUCCCGCCAGUGGCACCCGGCGUGCUUCGUGUGCUGCCGCUGCUCUGAGCCCCUCGUUGACCUCAUCUACUUCUGGAAGAGCGAGGCUGCCUGGUGCGGCCGCCACUACUGCGAGAGCCUGCGGCCACGCUGCACCGGCUGCGACGAGAUCAUCUUCUCAGAGGACUACCAGCAGGUAGAAGGGAUGGCCUGGCACACGAAGCACUUUGCCUGCCUGGAGUGCGAGACGCUGCUGACCGGCAAGCCCUUUGCUCUGAACAACGCCAGCCUCCUGUGCACAACCUGCAGCAAAAGCAAACGCCUCUGA